GCGCAAUCGGAAUUGGAAAGUGGAACGUGGAAAGAGCUCUCUGUUUCUUUUCGGCCCCGACGACUACGACCGACUAGCUAAGCCGCCGCCCACCCGGCCCUAUAUAAUGAAGGUACUCGUCACCGGCGCCUCUGGUUACCUCGGCGGCCGGCUCUGCCACGUCCUUCUGCGACGAGGCCACUCCGUCCGCGCCUUGGUCCGUCGCACCAGCGACCUUUCCUCCCUCCCCGAUCCCGCCGGUGUUGACUUCGAAUUCGCCUACGGUGAUGUCACUGAUUACCGCUCGCUCGUUGACGCCUUCAGCGGCUGUACCGUCAUCUUCCACGCCGCCGCCGUCGUUGAGCCGUGGCUCCCGGAUCCGUCCAAGUUCUUCUCGGUCAACGUAGAAGGAUUGAAGAAUGUGCUGCGAGUUGCCGGAGAAACAGAAUCGGUGCAGAGGAUCAUCUACACGUCGUCGUUCUUCGCUCUCGGGCCGACCGACGGUCAUACAGCGGAUGAGAACCAGCGCCAUCCCGAGGAAUUCUUCUGCACCGAGUAUGAGAGAUCGAAAGCCGCCGCGGAUAAGGUUGCUUUGAAGGCUGCUUCCGACGGUGUCCCGAUUGUCUUGUGCUAUCCCGGUGUGGUGUAUGGCCCCGGAAAGCUCACUACGGGCAAUGUCGUGGCUAGAUUGCUUAUUGAGCGCUUCCAGGGGCGUUUACCUGGAUACAUAGGUUCUGGGCAAGAUAGAUGUUCUUUCAGUCACGUUGAUGAUGUAGUGCAAGGUCACAUAGCAGCAAUGGAGAAAGGCCAGCUUGGCGAAAGAUACUUGCUAACGGGAGAAAAUGCAUCGUUCAAGCAAGUUUUCGAUAUGGCUGCAGUCAUCACAGGAACAAGCAAGCCAAAGAUAAACAUUCCUCUAUGGGCCAUCGAAGUCUAUGGAUGGGUGUCGGUUCUGGUCUCUCGGAUCACAGGAAAGCUGCCUCUAAUCAGCCCCCCGACUGUGCGUGUUCUGAGACACCAAUGGGCAUAUUCCUGUGAAAAGGCAAGAAACGAUCUGGGUUACAAUCCUCGAAGCUUGAAGGACGGAUUACUGGAGGUGCUUCCCUGGCUGAAGAGCUUGGGGGUGAUUAAGUACUGACUGUUAUUAAACUCCCAUAGAAGUGAAAUCCUGAGCUCGGGUAAAUGAUCUCCCGCUAAAAUAAGCUGAAUAGAACUAAUGCAUUCAGAUUAUAAAAAAUGCAGUUGAUGUCUAACCACUUUUACGUAAACAGAAUAAAUAUGUUGGUUAAAAUGUAUUUUUAGUUAUAUGUGGAUGAAAUUAUAUAAAAACUUCAGGU